GAGACCAUCAGGAUAAUUAUUUCUCCGCAUUUCAAUAUAAUUUUCUGUAAGUGAUUCAACUUCCUAAUCUAUACCAAUCACUCGCCAGAAUGCCGGCUCAUCGUCCACGCAGAGGUGCGAAAUCCUCUGGACCGAAGCGCGGGGGUGGGAAGCGUGGCCCUGCGCCUCAGGGUCGCAAUGCGUUCCGGACAUCACGACUGAACGAGGAGGAAGUUGAGCCUGUCCCAGAUGGCGCAGACGGUGCGGAUGAACCCAUGCACAGUGAAGAGGAGGAAGUAGUUGAAGCAGAAGAGGAUGCUCAGUCCGCGAGUGAAGACGAAACUCCUGCGAAUUUCUACGCAACCCUCCUACAAUCACUAAAUCCGGGCAAAGAAGAAAGCGAGCCUUCGAGGAAGAGGCGCAAGAUCGAUGCCCGCGGUAACCGACGCGAUGAGGAGCACACUCAACGGCGGUCAAGCGUCGAAGAGGUUCCCGACAACGCCUCCGAUGAUGGGGCGGAAGACCCGCAGCCGGAGCUGAACGAGGACGUUGAAGCUGAUGAAGAGUUGCGUGAUGGUGUUGCUGGCGAAGCUGAUUCGGAAGAUGAGGAUGCUCUACUACAAGAUCCCUUCGAGAAGCACUAUACGGCAGUGACGGAGCAGCAGCUGAAAGUUGCUGCCAGACAAAUCGAUGCCAAAGAAUGGCAGACGCAGUCUUCCGCCUUGGGAGGCGAUGUACGCCGCACAAUCCUCUCCAGAAAUGGCACACCUGCGGCGGUCCCUGGCAUGAAGUCUCCCGCGGACCUCUUUCUCAAGCGUCGGCUACUUGAGGCAGGCGCACAGCUUGUUUCGUGUCUUUCUUCUGAAGAAAAGAGCGUGGCUGGCGCUUUGUUCAAUUAUGUCGACGUCCUAAGUGGUUGCAGAACACUUAAGAAUGCGGGAAAGUUGCGCGAUUUAUCCUGCUUGCACGCCUUGAAUCAUGUCUUCAAGACCAGAGACCGGGUGCUCAAGAACAACGCCCGACUCAGCGCUCAAACGGACGGAGAGACUCCAGACCUGCGCGACCAAGGGUUCACGAGACCCAAGGUGCUUAUUGUGGUGCCCACCAAGCAAGCAUGUGUUCGGUUCGUAGACAGCAUCGUCAAACUCACCGAACCGGAGCAACAGGAGAACAAGUCGCGGUUUCUCGAGACAUUUUCACAUGAAGAUCCGGAUGAGUGGCUGGACAAGCCGGAAGAUUUCCGGGAGCUGUUCGGGGGCAAUCACGAAGAAGACUUCCGCAUCGGCCUGAAAUUCACCAGGAAGACGAUCAAAUACUUCUCUGGCUUCUACAACUCGGACAUCAUCUUCGGAUCGCCGCUCGGGUUGAUGCGGACGAUCACCACCGGUGGCGGUGGGAAAAAAGACAAGAAGAAGGCUCAUGACGCCGACUUUCUGUCGUCGAUCGAGGUGGUGAUUGUCGACCAUGCCAACGCUCUACAGAUGCAGAAUUGGCAGCACGUCGAAUACGUCUUUUCGCAACUCAACCUGCUCCCUAAGGAUUCGCACGGCUGCGACUUCUCGCGCGUGCGGCAUUGGUAUCUGGACGGCCAGGCCAAGUAUCUGCGCCAGACGGUGAUUUUCUCGGAUUACCUGACGCCCGAAAUCAACGCUUUGGCGUCGACACAUCUGCACAAUGUUGCCGGCCGCGUCAAAUUCGUCCCGACCUACCCCGGCGCCAUACUCUCCAUAUCCUCCCUGCUGCCUUUCACCAUCCACCAGACUUUCUUACGGAUUCCCUCGCCGAAUCCGUUACAAGACUCGGACGUGCGGUUUCAGUUCUUCACCACGACCAUCUUGCCUCCUCUGGUGCGCGACUCGAGGCACCAGAAAGGCGUCUUGCUCUUCGUGCCCACCUACGCCGACUUUGUUCGCCUGCGCAAUUACCUGUCUACGUCGUCGGACGCCACGAGCCUGUCCUUCGGCUCGCUUUCAGAGUACACGCCUGUGCGGGACGUGAUGCGUGCGCGCUCGCAUUUCCUGUCUGGCCGCCACGCGCUGCUGCUGUAUUCUGAGCGCGCCCACCACCACUUCCGCUACCGCAUCAAGGGCGUCAGAAAGAUCAUCUUCUACGGUGUCCCUGAGAACCCGCUGUUCUGGCCAGAGAUCAUUUCCCUGCUAGGGCUGGCCAGUGGCAAUGCUGCUGCCGCCCAGGGCGCCAAAGCCACGGAAAUCAACCCCAAAGGCGCCGUCAGAGCCUUGUUCUCUAAAUGGGAUGCACUGAAGCUCGAGCGCAUCGUCGGCACGGAGAGGGUUGGGCGCUUGCUCCAUGACCGAGCUGGCGACACUUUCGACUUUGUGUGAGACCAAAAUCCGUUUAGACCCCUCUGGACUUGUGUCAUGUACGCAGUCCAUGACGACUAAAACCAGACGUUGUUUGCCCUUGUGUAGUCUUUGUGCGGGAGGAUGGCCGAACUGAGGCAAGUCGGUUCGACUACUGUAGUCCGGAGCACCCGGAUAUAUCAUGGAUUAUAUAUAUUCUAUAUUGCUUGCCGUAUGAUCUUUCUCUCUCUGCACUUUCUAUCACUUUUCUCUAUACCAAUGGGUUUGGCCAAUUACUAUCUUUCAAGGCAUA